AGUGGCGUGUCCCCUCUUCAGCUUGUGAGAUUUGGUGAUUAAAGUCAAAACUCUGACUUUAAUCCAAUAAUUCAGAUUUUAUCUCCUAAUUCUGACGUUAUUCUCAGAAUUCGGACUUUAAACUCAGACCUCAAAAGAUAUUCACAUUAAGGAUAUGAUGUCUUGCUCAGGGACACCUCGAAGUUAUAAUGAACAAAGCAUUAGCACCUUUAUUAAACAUACAUGAAUUGUAUUAUUUGUAAACAAAGAGAUCAAUCAUGUAUUUCUAUAUAAAUGUAUGUAUUGACUAACUUUGUGUUUUGGAAUCUUACCUGUACAAACAAAAAGUACUCUACUAUACAGAUUUGACUAUACUGACAUGGACAUGCAUAUUUGCAUUGGAUGUAUACGACUCCAACUGAUAGCAAUGGGAAUCUCAUAACAUCAUACGACAGAUGAGUUGAUAAUUGACCAACCAUUGCAUAGUGUUUAGUUCUACAUGUACAGUAUUUGCUACCACUUCCCAUAACCUGGGCGCAGCACCGAGUUCGUGAGCGGUAUUCGAACGCAUCUCCGGCGGUACUCGAACGCACCUAGGGCUGGUAGAUCCAUCCUCGGGCUUUGCAGGGAAAAUAACCUCACUGAGAAAACCAGGACAUCUCCUCUCGUCUCUCAGGAAAGAAAAAAAUAUAGGCAGCUUUGGGAGACGGUGGGGUGGAGCACAGGAAGCCGUUGUCACCGAAUAUCCAAACAUGGGCGCUAACUGAUCACUACAGUACACGGAUUUUCGCUUCAAACCACCCGACAGUCACAGCACAGAUUUGGAAGAGAAUCGGACUCGAUAAGGGGAUCGGACUCGAGGAGCAAGAUGUCUCGGGGAGUGAUCCAGCCCAGCCAGCAGAAGCUGGCCGAAAAACUCACCAUCCUCAACGACCGAGGCAUCGGGAUGUUGACCCGGGUUUACAAUAUUAAAAAGCAAGGACAAGUUUGGAAGGCAUGUGGGGAUCCGAAGGCUAAACCAUCUUAUCUGGUCGAUAAGAACCUGGAGUCGGCUGUUAAAUUCAUUGUCAGGAAGUUCCCUGCUGUGGAAACCAGAAAUAAUAACCAACAGCUGGCUCAGCUGCAGAAAGAGAAGUCUGAGAUCCUCAAAAACCUGGCUCUCUACUAUUUCACUUUUGUAGAUGUGAUGGAGUUUAAGGACCAUGUUUGUGAGCUGUUGAAUACCAUUGAUGCCUGUCAGGUCUUCUUUGAUAUCACGGUAAACUUUGACCUGACCAAGAACUACCUGGACCUGGUGGUGACCUACACCAACCUGAUGAUGCUGCUCUCCCGCAUCGAGGAGAGGAAGGCCAUCAUCGGCCUGUACAACUACGCCCACGAGAUGACCCACGGCGCCAGUGACAGGGAGUACCCCAGGUUGGGCCAAAUGAUUGUGGAUUACGAGAACCCUCUGAAGAAGAUGAUGGAGGAGUUUGUUCCACAUGGAAAGUCGCUGUCCGAUGCGCUGAUCAGCCUGCAGAUGGUCUACCCCAGGAGGAACCUCUCGGCUGACCAGUGGAGGAACGCCCAGCUGCUCUCCCUCAUCUCAGCCCCCUCCACCAUGCUCAACCCAGCACAGUCCGACACGAUGCCAUGUGAAUAUCUGUCCCUGGAUGCAAUGGAGAAGUGGAUCGUCUUCGGUUUCAUCCUGUGCCACGCGGUGCUGAGCACGGAUGCAGCCGCCCUCUCCCUGUGGAAGCUGGCCCUGCAGAGCUCCACCUGCCUCUGCCUGUUCAGAGACGAGGUCUUCCACAUCCACAAGGCCUGCGAGGACCUGUUCGUCAACAUCAGAGGAUACAACAAGCGUAUCAAUGACAUCCGGGAGUGUAAGGAACAGGCUCUGUCUCAUGCCGGCUCCAUGCACCGAGAGAGACGCAAGUUCCUCAGGUCUGCCCUGAAGGAGCUGGCCACUGUGUUGGCUGAUCAACCAGGACUACUAGGACCCAAGGCAUUAUUUGUUUUCAUGGCGCUGUCCUUUGCACGAGACGAGAUCAUCUGGCUGCUGCGUCACGCCGACAACAUCCAGAAGAAGAGCACAGACGACUUCAUAGACAAGCACAUAGCAGAGCUGAUAUUCUACAUGGAGGAGCUGCGGGCUCAUGUCAGGAAGUACGGGCCGGUGAUGCAGCGCUACUACGUCCAGUACCUGUCGGGCUUCGACGCCGUGGUGCUCAACGAACUGGUCCAGAACCUGUCUGUAUGUCCCGAGGAUGAGUCCAUCAUCAUGUCCUCCUUUGUCAACACCAUGACCUCCCUCAGCGUCAAGCAAGUGGAGGAUGGCGAUGUGUUUGACUUCCGAGGUAUGAGGUUGGACUGGUUCAGAUUGCAGGCCUACACCAGCGUGUCCAAGGCCAGCCUGGGCCUGGUGGACCACAAGGAGCUGGGCAAGAUGAUGAACACCAUCAUCUUCCACACCAAGAUGGUGGACUCCCUGGUGGAGAUGCUGGUGGAGACCUCGGACCUCUCCAUCUUCUGUUUCUACAGCCGGGCGUUUGAGAAGAUGUUCCAGCAGUGUCUGGAGCUGCCCUCCCAGAGCAGACACUCCAUCUGCUUCCCCCUGCUCUGCACACACUUCAUGUCCUGCACACACGAGCUCUGUCCUGAGGAGCGCCAUCACAUCGGCGACCGGAGUCUGUCCCUGUGCAACAUGUUCCUGGACGAGAUGGCCAAGCAGGCCCGCAACCUCAUCACCGACAUCUGCACCGAGCAGUGCACGCUCAGUGACCAGCUGCUGCCUAAGCACUGUGCGAAGACCAUCAGCCAGGCGGUGAACAAGAAGAGCAAGAAGGCAACGGGGAAGAAGGGCGAGCCGGAGAGAGAGAAGCCCGGCGUGGAGAGCAUGAGGAAGAACCGGCUGCUCGUCACCAACCUGGAUAAGCUCCACACAGCACUGUCUGAGCUCUGCUUCUCCAUCAACUAUGUACCCAACAUGGUGGUGUGGGAACACACCUUCACCCCCAGAGAGUACCUCACUUCCCACCUGGAGAUCCGCUUCACCAAGUCCAUCGUGGGGAUGACCAUGUACAACCAGGCCACGCAGGAGAUCGCCAAGCCCAGCGAGCUACUGACCAGCGUGCGCGCCUACAUGACGGUGCUGCAGUCCAUAGAGAACUACGUCACCAUCGACAUCACCCGCGUGUUCAACAACGUUUUGCUGCAGCAGACGCAGCACCUGGACAGCCACGGGGAGCCCACCAUCACUAGCCUCUACACCAACUGGUACCUGGAGACGUUGCUUCGCCAGGUGAGCAACGGCCACAUCGCCUACUUCCCGGCCAUGAAGGCGUUUGUCAACCUGCCCACGGAGAACGAGCUGACGUUCAACGCGGAGGAGUACUCCGACAUCUCCGAGAUGCGCUCCCUGUCAGAGCUGCUGGGGCCCUACGGUAUGAAGUUCCUCAGUGAGAGCCUGAUGUGGCACAUCUCCUCACAAGUGGCUGAACUCAAGAAACUGGUGGUGGACAACGUGGAGGUUCUGACCCAGAUGAGGACGAGCUUUGACAAGCCAGAGCACAUGGCGGCCCUCUUCAAGAAACUCUCCUCUGUGGACAGUGUGUUAAAGAGGAUGACCAUCAUCGGCGUCAUCCUGUCCUUCCGCUCCCUGGCUCAGGAAGCUCUCAGAGACGUGCUGUCCUGUCAUAUCCCAUUUCUGGUCAGCUCAGUGGAGGAUUUCAAAGACCACAUCCCCAGAGAGACAGACAUGAAGGUGGCGAUGAAUGUCUACGAGCUGUCAUCAGCAGCUGGCUUGCCCUGCGAAAUCGACCCUGCGCUGGUCGUGGCCCUGUCCUCACAGAAAAGUGAGAACAUAAGUCCAGAGGAGGAGUACAAAAUUGCCUGUCUGCUGAUGGUAUUCGUGGCCGUUUCCAUGCCGACGCUAGCCAGCAAUGUCAUGUCCCAGUACAGCCCUGCCAUCGAAGGCCACUGUAACAACAUUCACUGCCUGGCCAAGGCCGUCAACCAGAUCGCUGCGGCUCUCUUCACCAUCCACAAGGGCAGCAUAGAGGACCGCCUCAAAGAGUUCCUGGCGCUGGCCUCAUCCAGCUUGUUGAAGAUUGGCCAGGAGACGGACAAGAUGACGACCCGCAACAGAGAGUCAGUGUACCUGCUGCUGGACAUGAUCGUCCAGGAGUCGCCCUUCCUCACCAUGGACCUGCUGGAGUCGUGCUUCCCCUACGUGCUGCUGCGUAACGCUUACCACGCCGUCUACAAGCAGAGCAUCAACGCCAACGCCUAGAUGCACCCGCACGCACGCACGACAGGCCCGCCGGGCGGACACACACACACACACACGCCCCCGCAACAUCAGGCUCACAGAAAUACACAAAACAGCCUUAGUGCAAUUUGUGUGGCAAAAAAAAUAGGAAAUGCGACACACGCACUACACACACUCCAUACUACGCCAGCCAAUGGCACGUUUGAACACUCUGACCCCACUCUGACCCUUCCACACUUCAUUUUACUACAUGGAACGAUCGCGACGGCAGGAGAAGGGGGGCCGCCUCUACUAGACCCCCACGCCCCCGAACACGCACUCAAAGACACACACUACCAUUCUGUGUACAAUGGGGCGUUGACACACAACUUCAUAAACACACUGUUGACAAAAACAUUGACCCACUAAACGACCCUCAACAGCACACUGACAAGCUAUUAAUGCGAACUCCCCCUGAACACUGAGUCCCACACAGAGCUAUAUGCAGACACUACACAAACACACACAUUUUACACACCCAAACGGCGUAUUAAAGCGGGCGGGCGCCUUGGUGUGGAAACGGUAACACUAAAAAACAGCUGGAAAUGAGUUAGGGGGAUCACGAUCUUUGUUGCCAAGGGGACCAUGACCAUAGCAACGCGUAUACCUUAACCAUAGCUGGUUUAAAAUGAACAAAUAUAUAAAUAUAAAUAUAUAUAUAUAGUUGAGAAACUAAAAUAUUCCUUUUACUUUUCUUUUUUUGUUUUGAAUUGAGGUGUUCAGAAGACUUGCUCGUGGUUUUGGAUUUGGAUGAUUUUAUUAUGUGAAUGGGUGUGAUGAUGUGACGUGGGGGUUAUGCUUUUAUUUUGAAGAGUGUAAUGAUUCCUGUAUUGAUAAUGAAAGACUUGUUGCUUGUAACUGUACCGUAUGUAAACACAUGCACAUACACGCACACAUACACACACACGCAGACACUAACUUACUGAGAACACUAGAAGUACACCCGUACAAACUCUUCCGACAUUUCAUAGUGAGCAUACACAUUUGUUGUAACAUGGUGGUUUUGUUUUUCUUUCCUUUUUCUAACUAGUAAUAACUUUUGUGGGUAAAGGUAUGAUAUCUGUAUUCUGCUUUGAUGUGAACUAAACAUGUCUGUUUUUACUGAUUAUGUUUUUGUUUUUAUGAUGAUGAUAAAUGAUUAGCCAAAUGUGUCAAAACUCCAAACUGUGUACCAGGGCCUUGACGCGACGUGGGUUAUGGGGUGAUCUGCCUGGUGGUUGGCGAUACGGCCAUAGUGAUGGUCCCGACCAUCUGGGGGCCUGCUCCUUCACCACACGGCCCAGAUUAGGCUGAGAAGAGAAUGCAGGCGCCAACACUUUGUGAACCUGUCUGACGCGUUGCUGAGCAGGUGACCUGCGGGCUCGUGUUCAGCCCAGUCUAGCGUCACCAUAAGUGUCGAUAUUAUUUUUAUGAUCAAGCGUAGGGUGGGGUUGUGUCUAAGCAUCACUGCUAAUGCAACAUGUUUCUUUAGCAGGGGCUCAGCCCUCUGUUUCUAAAGGGAGGGGAGCACACUGCAAUAUUUUUACAUGCAUUUAAAAAAAGAAAAUAGUGGUUUAAAAGUGUUUUGCAUGUAUUGCUUUUUUUUUUUUUUUUAAGAGUUAACACUAAAAUCAAUCUUAAUAAAUAUUCUGUUAAAAAAAAUAAAGAAUUUGUUUAGGUGUUUUGCACAUCACUCAAAUAUAACUUAUUUGACCCAUGGUUUGUGAUUGACAGAAUGCCUACAAUCGACAACAUGCAGACCAACACCUGAAAUGUCCAGAUGGCUGAUGAGUUUGAUGUGAGCCAGUAAAAGAUCGACUCAUUGACGCAGACAAUGGCUCUUUUCAAAGUCCAAGACCUUGUGGGAUCAUGUCAUCCGUUUCACAGUUUCCAUGUUGGGGAGAGCAGGAAAAUAAGCUUUUCCUGCUAUUCCAUGCUGAAAUUAUUCCCAGAGGCUGGACGGGUGUCUGAGAGCACAGACUGUUUUGGAAACAGCAAUUUGGACAUCCCCCUCCCCCAUUGCACCUAUUUGGACACGACUAUUAACCACCGGCUUGAUAAAAACAGACGGGCUGGUACAGAGUUAAUGUCUCUACAUUUUGGUCUGCUUUUAAAUAAUCGUAUGCAUGGCAAGGGCUACAAACAGACGCCCUAAUCCAUGUCAUGUGUUGGUCCUCUACUGAUGGUUAUUUUCUUACAUGACAUCUGUCCGCUGAUUGAAAGCUUGCUGUUCUCAUUCUAAAUAACAUAACAUUCCAUAGUGGUGUUUAGUAAUCUGUACACUUACUCCGGAUCCAACAUUCAUUUUCUAUGCCCACGAUACAUCGAACUCGUUGGGGACGCAGUGAGUAUAGUUCUAGAAACUGAAUACACAUGAAACGCCAAUUACAUGCUGUGCUGAGGGAAUACAAAGUACUCUGUUGAUGUUGGGGUAUUUAGUUCAGUGAUGGCGGGGGGGGGAGUACUCAAGGAAAAGGUACAAUUUCCCAAGAACACUCUGAAAAUAAAAGUCCUCCACCAAAGGGUUCUCUAAAGUUGUAAAGGUAUUUGAUAUAAAACCAUGUUUACUUACUCACAUGAAGAUCCUAUUUCACCCUGACUUAAAAAAUACCUUGCCCUCAAAAAGUGUAUUGAAUAAGAAAGACAGGUAAAUUUUUUAUAUUUCACAGGUAAAAUACAAGCAGGACAGUAAAAUAAAGUCAAAAAUGUAAGUCAAGUGAAACACAAGUAGCUCAACAUUGUACUCGCUGUACAAGUACAAUAUUGUUAGCAAAAAGGUUUUCCACCCCUGCUUUUGGGCAGCCGAGUACAUGGCUUUGUAUUCUCCCUGCUUAACACAUAGUGUGUGAUGUUUCUACUGCAGUAUACUGUAAGGGAGUGAAAACAUGGACACAUUAUACCAUUUGAUGUGGUUGCUGUUUUCUCAGUCUUUUAACCUGUCUCUUGGAUUCUGCCUGUGUAGUUAAAUGACAAAUAAAUGGGUUUAAUUUGAGUUUGAAUUACCA